CCUCUCCUCCUCCUCCUCACUUUCAACCUAUAUGUUGCCGGUCAUCAACAGUACAACACUCAUAAACGAGCUGGAAGUCAUCAGUUGCUAAGUAAAAGCUCUCUGCCUGAAUUUACAAAUACAGAUUACCCUUUUAAAAUCCAGAGUUCCUUCAUUUAAGUAUCAUGACUGGAACAGCAGUGGUUCUGAUGAGCCUGGUCCUCAUCCUCUCUGUGGGUGCAGAGGAUAAAUCAAGACUCUACCGCAGGCCUGCAUGUGGAGGUUUGAGCGUCAGUCAAGCAUGCCCUCUCAACUACUCUCCCGUAUGUGGUAAUGAUGGCAUCACAUACGUCAAUGAAUGCACCCUGUGUGUGCAGAGAAUGCACACUAAUGCAGACAUUUUGAUUGUGAAAGACGGCCGCUGCUGAGGAACUGCUCUGAGUGCAAUGUUUUAGGAGUGAAGUUUUGGAGUUACAGCUUAUUUUUCUAAAUAUGUUUUUAAAAAUCUAACAAAAAUGGAAAUGUGACACGAUGACAGAUGACAAGCUGUGGGAAGACCAUUUAUAACUUUACCUUUUUUUUUUUUGCUAAUAAAAUUAACACUUGGCCAAACAAAUGUAAGACUGACCAGCUUCACUUUGUCUUAAUUUUCUUUGCAUGAUCUUUUAACUCUCUUCAAAAUUACCAAUGAAACAUCUCGUUCUAUUAAAAACAUUGCUGACAGAAAUGUUUGAUUUGUGUCAGAUGCAAGCCAUUACGCUUUUAAAUAUUCUUAAGCGGCUGAUGUUUAGUAAACUGUGUGGCGGAACAACAUUUUCAGAACUGUAUUUUGAGGGACUCUAUAAGAAACGUACCAAUACAAUGACCGCUUACGCACAUGUGAGUUUUGACACCACAUACUUCCGGUUAAAGAAUAAUAUUUUGUAAACAGUGUAAUGUUAAAUAUUUAAAAAUACAACGCGUUUUAAGAUAAACACUCGUUGAAGCUCUUCCCGAGACAUGAAAAUUAACAUUUAAUUCAUGACGAUGCGAUUUCUGGAUGACAGCUAUCCGGUUACGCCUCACACAUAUUCUGAACUAACAGCAUGAUUUAAGUUAAACAUAUUAAAUAACUCGUAUUUUUCCUGAUAUCCUUAUGCUAAGACUGUUAUCGGUCAACUUUAGAGGGCUUACAGAGCAUAAUACACUCUUAAGUCUUAAUUUCAGUACAUCAUCUGUCAUGGCCAAAAGCAAAUUUGAAUAUUUAAAAUAAAUGUGAAUCUUAUAAUUCCAUAAAAGCACAUAAAAUUGUGCAUUGUUUAAAGAGCUGUUCAAGUUGAGCUCAAUCCACAGCAUUUGUGGUAUAAUGUUGAUUACCAAAAAAAACAAAAAACUAUAUAUCAGGGCUCCAGACUGCGACCAUUUUUU